GCGACGCAUAUUAAAUCAAUUAGUUGCUGAAAUUAAUAGUUAACAAUGGCCACACAAUUGUCCCAGGUAACGCAAUGGUUGGACAACUCAAAGGUGUCCGUGGACAGAGCGCUGCGUGACCCCGCCAAGCCAUGGACCAAAGGCUUCGAUCUCGUGGAGCAACGGACUGGCGUCGAUAGAGUAAAGAUAUUCACUGGUGCCGCCGCAUUCUGUGCGCUCUAUCUGAUAUUUGGCUGGGGUGCCCAGCUCUUGUGCAAUAUUAUUGGUGUUAUGUAUCCGGCAUAUGUGUCCAUUCAUGCCAUAGAAUCAAGUACCAAGCAGGAUGACACCAAAUGGCUAACGUACUGGGUAACCUUUGGCAUAUUCACAGUCAUUGAGUUCUUCUCCCACGUUCUGACCCAAGUCAUACCCUUCUAUUGGCUAUUAAAAUGUGGAUUCCUUAUUUGGUGCAUGCUUCCUAUGGAGAAUAAUGGAUCGGUUAUCAUCUACAACAAGCUGGUGCGACCAUAUUUUCUUAAGCAUCAUGCAUCUGUCGACAAGAUCAUUGAUGAUGGCAUGCGGAAGGCGGGCAGUGUGCUAAAAAAUGACUAAAUACGCUAUUUGGACUAAUUCGCUUCCUUAAGCAUUUGUAGCUGCCGCAUCCAGGAAGGGCCUCACGCCAAAUUUUAUCUUCGAACACUUUUGUCCAUACUUUGUAAAUUUAUACUUGAUUGUUAUGGCACAUGCCGCGUGGUUUUGAAAACCCCUCCAAUUGAUGAUACAUAUUAUUAUACAUGCAUUAGAUGUGUUUAUAGUGAAAUCUCGGCUUGUUACACAUAAAUUGUAAAAAAA